AUGAACAUGUUACGGCGCAAGGGUACGACGUCGUCGAUAGCAAUGGCUCGGAAUCGUGUGCGGUACAUCCAGACGCAGUGCGUCGACCUCCGCCUCCAAGAGCCCAUGCCCAUGGAUCAAGUGCGUGAAAUGGCAGACACAGAGCCCACACCACUUUCGCUGCAGCAGAUGCGCUCGUUCUCGGAUGGCUGUGCCAAGCUGCGCAUCGUGUCGGCCAAGUUCUUGCACAAGGAGCUCCAGUCGCGAUUCGCUCGUGCUAUCAUGGAGCUGGCGGACUUGCCGAUGGGGUUAAGUGAUACGGCAUCAAUCCGUCAAGCGAUCAACGUCUAUCGUCGCGAGCUGCAGUGGAUCAGCUGUACAAAGCCACCGAGCUCCAUUGUUGAGGACCAGCAGUUUACAGAGACGUUACGUCAAGCCAAGGCAGGGGGAUCCAAUUUGGUACCGCUGAUUUGCUAUGGACUGCAGCAGCUGAAAGCUACGGAUCUUGGACAUAGUGCGUUGCAAAUCGAGAGUGCUCAAGAGGAUAUCAAGGACCGGCUGGACAAGUUUUUUCUCGGUCGUAUCGGUAUCCGAAUGCUUAUCGGUCAACACGUGGAAUCGCUUGAACGUCCGGGCGGCCGUGUCCAUCUUGUAAAUGUAGAAGAAAUCGUGCGCGAGGCUUGUGACCGUGCGACGAAGUUGUGUCAACAAUUCUCUGGUGCAACGCCACCUCUAGAAAUACACGCGACAGCGAGUGCUAGCACUCCGCUGAUGUACGUGCGAUCGCAUCUGCACCACAUGGUCUUUGAACUGGUGAAAAAUGCCAUGCGUGCUACGGUUGAGUACCACAGAAAGCUGAAACACAGAGCUCCGGGCGCAGUCAAUCAUUUUAAACAAACGAUGAACCCGUACAGUCCGUCAUUGGGUUUUUUCUUGCCGCCGGUUGACGACGUAUCGGGUGUCAAGAUUUUUCCAGACAUUAGCAAGUACAAGCUUCGAGGAGGUCUUCCACCGGUGGAGAUUGUGAUUUGCGUGGGGAGUGAAGAUCUGACCAUCAAAGUGAGCGACGAAGGUGGAGGUGUGCCGCGCAGCCGUUGGAACAAGCUGUGGCACUAUGACUACACCACAAGUCCUCCAUGCCCACCCAUCGACUUUAACAACUACCACAGUUAUCGGGAACACUACAGUGGAGGUGGUUACGGACUACCCAUGGCAAGACUGUUCGCACGCUAUUUCGGUGGUGAAGUCACAUUUACGUCGCUUGAAGGGUCCGGGUCGACGGGGUUUAUCCAGGCACAUCGCCUGGGAAGGAACAUGGAAGUCAUUCCUGGGCACGCGUCUUUUAACCUUCCAUCGCUAUACUCCUAA